UCACUGCACUAGAGGCGCUUCAGCCAUAAAUGUCAAAAAACAGUAAUUUUUCCAAAAAAAAAGUAAAUUAAUCAUUUUAUAAUAAACUGAAAUGUACAGAUAAAGCAGAGUUGUUAAUUUUUUUUUGAAACAUUUUUGUCCCUUGUGUAAAUAGGAAGUGCGUUUAUUUGUAUCGGGUCAAAUUGAUACCGAUAUAACCUCAAUUAUCAGUUAUUGAAACUAGAAAAAUGACCUCGUUAUUCGAUCAGUUUGAGCAAGCAUCGACAAAAACACGCAACAAUAAUUUCACGACGGCCGAUAUGAGCUCUUUGGGGUACAUCAAUAUGACUUUCACCCAAGACGCUCCCAUUUUUAGUAAAACCAAGAAAGAUUUCACUCCACCAGAUAAAAUUACACAUGUCGCUAUUUCCAAUAAGCAACUAGCAGUGGCUUUGGGAAAUAACACCUUGUUUAGGAUGAAUUUACACAAUCCUCAGCAACAAGAUGAAAUUUCUUUGUCCAAAUAUACAUCAACAUGUCGUUUAACAAACUUAUUUAUGGACCCAACUGGCAACCACCUGUUGCUGACUUUCGCCCCGAAAAGUCUCGAAGGUGGCCCCGAAUUACUCUACUUGUCACGCAAAUCCAACAAGUUGAAGUCUACAACGAAAUUUCGCGGACAUGAAUUCACAGAAGUCGCUUGGAAUCAUUUGAAUGAAUCUGAAAAUACCACUGGACCUAUUCUGUUAGGGACUUCCAAGGGUUUGAUCUUCGAAACCGAAAUCGUACUAGAAGGCGACAAGUUCUUCACGUCUGGAUUUUCAUCAAGUUUAGAACAGUAUUGGAGACAGGUUUUCGACAUUGGUAAAGGUUCAAACACACCAAUCACAGGCCUGGAUUAUCACAAGGUAUUGGGUACUGACAAAUACGUCAUUUUCGCAGCAACGCCCACUCGACUGUACUAUUUCACCGGUCGAGUCGAACACGAAGAAAAACCCCUACUUCAACAGGUUUUCAACCGAUAUUUAAAUAUCCCUGAAAAAGACACUUAUUUAGAACGCGACAACAGUUUGAGAUACUCUCAAUUGAAAUUCUGGUCGGAAAAUUUGACAGUUCCAAACGCCUUUGCUUGGAUGACCGAAAAAGGCGUGACUUAUUGUCAAUUCGAAUCCGGAUUUGACGACAGUAUGGCCACCCUUAAAACAAAAACUCGCCUAAUCGAAUACCCUAAACCCUUAUAUGAGGAUUAUUCAGCUCUGGAGAAGUUCCCCAUAGCUUUGACWCUGACCGAAUUUCACGUUUUGUUGGCUUARACUGACGCAAURAAAGGUGUGUGUCUUUUAAACGAGGAAGUUGUGUAUGAGGAUAAUUAUAAUGAAGCUUUCGGCAAGUUGGUUAACAUUGUCAAAGAUGACAGCACUGGAGAGAUUUGGGCUGUGACCGAAAACGCCGUUUUUCGGAUCAAAGUCACAAAAGAGGAGCGAAAUGUCUGGCAAAUUUUCUGCGAGAAUCAGCAAUUCGAUCUCGCUAAAAAAUACUCAAGAGGCAACGAAGCGUUUUAUAAUCAGGUCUUGAUCAAAGAAGCCGACAUGUUGUUUAAUAAUAAACAAUACGAGCUUAGUGCGCAGAGAUACGCCGAAACGCAGUCGAGUUUCGAGGAAAUUUGUUUGAAGUUUAUCCAAGUCGAUCAGCAAGAUUCGUUGAAGAUUUUCCUGAGACGGAAAUUGGAUACGCUCAAGCCGCAGGAUAAGACUCAGAUUACGAUGAUCGUGCUUUGGGUUGUAGAGUUGUAUUUGUGUAAGUUGGAGGAGAAGAGAUUGGCGGGGUUGGAACAGAGUGCGGCCUAUUUGGAUAUACAGAAGGAGUUUGAGGUGUUUUUGGCCUUGACGGAGGUUUCGGAUUGUAUCAAGAAGAAUAAGUCGACAAUUUAUGAACUGAUGGCGAGCCAUGGGGAUAAAAGUAAUUUGAUCAAGUUGACGAUUGUUAACAAAGAUUUUGAACAGCUAAUCCGCCACCACAUCUACAAAAACAGCUUCCACGAGGCUCUUGAAGUCCUCAAAAGCCAAAACAAAUACGAACUUUACUACCAAUUCGCCCCAAUCCUAAUGCAAGAAGUCCCAAAAUACACCGUGAAGGCCCUAAUCGAACAAGGGAAAAAACUUGUUCCAGUUCGUCUCCUUCCGGCUUUAGUCACCUGCGAAGGCGAAUUCCACGCUAAGGAAGUAAUGAAAUAUCUCGAAUUCUGCAUCGACAAACUGAAAAAUACCGACCGAGCAAUUCACAAUUUCCUACUUUCGUUGUAUGCGAAGCACGACAAAGCAAAAUUGAUGCAAUAUUUGAAUUCACAAGGACGGGAAUUAAGCUUGGUUAAUUACGAUGUACACUUCGCGUUGAGAUUAUGUCAGGAUGACUCUGAUUUGAAGGAAGCUUGCGUCCAUUUAUCGGGAUUAUUGGGCUUGUGGGAAUCCGCAGUCGAGUUGGCUUUGACUGAUAACAAUUUGAAAUUGGCCAAACAAUUGGCGGAUAUGCCGCCGGAAGAGGACGUCGAAUUGCGGAAAAAACUCUGGCUGAAAAUAGCACAACAUGUGGUAAGUGGCAAAGACGAUAUUCAACAAGCGAUGGAAUUUCUAAAACAGUGCGAUUUGAUCCGAAUCGAAGAUAUUUUACCAUUCUUUUCCGACUUUGUGACAAUCGAUCAUUUCAAAGAGGCCAUUUGUAGCUCUUUAAAAGAGUACAAUCAACACAUCCAAGACUUGAAAGAUGAAAUGGAGGAAGCAACAAAAUCGUCACAACUGAUCCGAGAAGAAAUUCAGUCGUUUCGAAAUCGCUAUACUUUUAUAAGUAGCGAUGAAAACUGCGAGAUUUGCAAUGGAAAGUUGAUGGUUAGACCCUUUUACAUGUUUCCCUGUCAACAUAAAUUUCACACGGAUUGUUUAAUGAGCGAACUGAAUCCACUUUUAGGUCCGGCCAAGAAGAAUAAAUUGGCGGAUUUGGAAAGACAGUUGAAGAUUUUAAAUACACAAACAAACGUUGAUAAUGUUAGUACCGGUUCUGGGAUGUCUGCGAGAGAAAUUGUCAAAUCGGAAAUUGACAAUAUCGUUGCAUCUGAAUGUCUGUUUUGUGGUGAAAAUAUGAUCAAAAACAUCGAUAAGCCAUUCAUAGAGGAUUACGACUAUGAACGUAUUGCAAAGGAGUGGGAAUAGGCUAGUUAAAAAACAUGUAUGCAUUUUUUAAACUAAUUUUGAUCUCUAUUUAUUGUAUUGUUCUACUAUGGAGGCGUACGUAUGAUACAAUUCAAAAAACAGUUAAAAAGAAAACCAAACCAUGGGCCUUUUCUAUAUAAACAUCCUGUUUUUAAAAUUGUACUGAACGAAUCCGCGUAUUAGUUAUUGUAGAUAUUUAACUAAGUGUUUGUGAUAAAAAUAAUAAAUAUUUUUGUUUUAUCGUUUAA